GCUUGUAGGCUGUACUUACUACUACUUGAGUUUGACUUGAGUAGAUUGAGAUUACUUCUCCCCUGACUGCCGUCGCGGAACAUGAAGAACAUUACCCAUGCGACAUCGGGGUAUGACGCCGCGCGGAAAUGGUUCGCAAUCGUCCCGCCGACAGUGGUCGCCCCCCUACUAACCUUCAUCAUCAAUGCGCCAUUCGGGAGAUUCUCGCCUAAGGAGGACAGCAUAUUUCUGGUGGACGGGAUAAAAGCAUGGAUAGCCAUGGAGCUCGUCUUCCCGCUCACCUUCUGCUACACCUUCCUCAAAAGUCCGCUUUCCCCAGAGCCGCACCCUCCUCUUGCGCUCUCGCACCCGCCAACGUUCCUCGGCGCGCUCCUGCUGCUGCACUACCUGAACCGCGCGCUCAUCUCGCCCCUCCGCACGCCCUCGCGCUCCAAGUCGCACAUUAUCGUGCCGCUUUCCGCACUCGCUUUCAACCUCACGAAUGGCAGCCUCCUCGGCGCAUACUUCUCCUCGCCCGCCGCGCAGGCGUACCUCGCUAACGCCUUCGCGCGCCCCUCGUUCUGGGUGGGCCUCGCCCUCUGGGCCGCGGGCCUCGCGGGGAACAUCCUCCACGACGAGGUUCUCCUCAACAUCCGGCGCACCGCGAAGGCGAAGGGCAAGGGCCGCGCGUCGCCGCCGCCCGCGGGCAAGGGGCAGAAGCAGAGCAAGCAGGAGCACUACGCCAUCCCGCACGGCUACCUCUACCGCUUCAUCUCCUACCCGAACUACUUCUGUGAAUGGUGCGAGUGGCUUGGGUUCGCUAUCGCCGCCGCGCCCCUACCGUCGUUUGUGUCGGGCGCGGACUUCCUCGCGACGGUCGCCCCGCCGUGGCUGUUCUUCAUGUCCGAGAUAUUCCUGAUGCUUCCGCGCGCGUGGCAGGGGCAUAGGUGGUACCGUGCCCGCUUCCCGGACUACCCGAAGGAGCGUAAGGUGGUCAUUCCGUUCUUGUUCUGA